AUGGUCCGCUAUUUUUGGCUUCCAGCUCGCGUCCUGCCACUUCUGGUUCUGCUGCUGCUGUUGGCCACCGGCUACGCACAGCCUCCACAGAGCCUUAACUACCCGAACGUGAUCACAUUCGGUGCGUACUCGGGCAGCAUCUGUUACUCGAACAGUGUCAACGUGAAGAGCAUCAUUCCCGUGACCACUCGGACGUUCUCCUUCACACCAGCAACCGCUCUCCAGUACGUCAUUUGUUACAACAACCUGCCGCUGCACCCGUUCGAAGUGUCGUUGGUUGGCGGCGGAAUCGGAGCGACAACGCUGACGAGCAUCGUGGUGACGUCAGCCUCCGGAAAACUCUACGUUACCUGCAAUGCGUACUGCACGUAA